GGAAAAGACUCUUCAUGUGACCUGUCGUCGACGACAUGUGUAUCCCACUUGCUGCCUCUCGCUGCUGCUAAUGCUCUUUUCGAGAAGAACCUCCAAAGCUCCAAUAGCCCUUAAUCUAAGUAAUGCCUCCGAAGUGUUGUCGCGGUGAUGCGUCAUGGAGUCAUGAGCACGAGUCAUCUAUUUCAAACACUGUCACUCGAUGGAAAGGCAGGGCAAUAUGUGCCUCGCUUGAAGGUCCAACUCUAGCUGAAGUUGGCGCGGAGAGAGCGCGUCUUGAGGCUGUUAUUCACAAGUUGAAGCCAAUAUCACUUGCAUGGAUCGACUUCUUGCGACCUUGGCUAGGAGGAGAAGAAAAUUCCUUUUGGUGGUACACUGAAUGCAUCGAGUGCAUGUUGUUUGAGUCCUGAGCCUUACAGGCUAAGCGUAAUCGAGCUACCAGAAUGAUUCAAAUAUGUCAAUAAAGGAAGAGAAUGAUGGAGUUCCUAGAUCUUUUUUUCGACACGGUUAUCCGAUAGUAACAGAAUUCAAAAACAAGGAAGAGAAUAAUGGAAAAAUCUUUGCUAUUGAAGGGCAAGUUACCCUAAUAAGAUCAAAUUGGUGCUACAUGGGGUGUGUGGUCUGCCCUCGCAAAGUGGAAGAAGACUUGGAGGAGUACUUUUGUGGACACUGCAAGACGACUGCUAAAGCCAAUAUAGAGUGGAGCUCCAUUUGCAGGAUGGUAGUGGUGAAGCUGAUUUUGCCAUUUGGAGCAUGGAGGCCUGCGUUUUUUUUUUUUGGAGUAAUUGCUGAUGUCUUAUUCCAAAAA